GCCCCGAACCUACAUGGGUAUCAGGGGCUCUUGAGUUUUUCUGCGUUGAAUCACAUUGUUCCUGCAUUUCACUGCCAGUUAUACUUGUAUUUGACUAGAGCUCAGCCAUGCUAUUGGGGCAGAGAGAGAAACUGAUCUCCUUUCCCCAGACACGAUCUUCCACCAUGUCCCCUAUUCCUACCUGGAGGCAGUAGGUCCCAGCCCCACCUGCCUGUUAUUUUUGGUUAGUUUUCUGAUCUGUGGUUAUUUUUUCAUGUGUCUGAGGGGACAUGAAGCACUUUGGAUUCUGCAUAAUUUGGCUUUGGAUGGCAAUUUUCUUCCUCUUUCCUGUUUCAACUUCUAUGGCAGCCACUGACAAGACAGUUACAGUGUGUCCUAUAAUGAGACCAGAUGGACAUCAACUUAGACAUAUCUAUAAAGAAAAUCUUGAUGUUUCAGGUUUUGAUCUAGCAGAAAGCUUUUCUCUGAGACAGGCAUCUUGUGGAGGUGAAAAAACCUGUUUUAAACUGGGAAGCACACCUCUUAUCAGAGACACUCGGAUCCCUGGUCAUUCUCCAUUUUCAGCAAAGGAAAAACUGUGGCAUCUCUGGACUAGUGUGGUAACUGUGGGUAAAUGCUACCUUUAAAAAUAAACACUAUAAAUGUCUAUUUUUCUGCAUGUUUGUAAUAUUACUGUUCUUUGUAUUUUACAUGACCUAAUGGCACAUUUAAAUGAAGAAUAAAGUGAUGCAAAAGCAAAACCACCUGUUCUUAAAACCAUACAUCUUUGGUAAUGGAUUUGAGUGCAGGUUUGGGGCCUAAGUUACUAAGGCCUUGUCUACAUUACUGGGGUUUGACACGGGGCGAUGGAUGCAUUGGGGUAUCCCUCUCCAUCGACUCCUGUACUCCACCUAGGGCCAGCCCAGCAUUUUUGCCGCUCUACAAGAAAAAAAAAAAUCCGUGAUCGGCAGCAGCUCUACUACCGCUCAUUAUUUGGCCAGCAGGUCUUCCCUCUGAGAAGGACUGAGAGACCCGCCGCUGAAUUGCUGCCGAAGAGCUGUAUGUGCUGCCCCUUUCCGUUGGCUGCCCCAAGCACCCUGCUUGCUGCGCUGGUGCCUGGAGCUGGCCCUAACUCCACUGAAUGAGAAGAGCAAGGGAAUUGACAGGAGAGUGUCUCCAGUCAACAUUGUGUAGUGUGGACUCUACAGUAUAGAUCUAAGUACGUCAACUUCAGCUACAUUAUUAACGUAGAUUGAACUUGCAUAACUUAGAUUGAUCUCCCCCGUAAUGUAGACAAGGCCUAAGACUAUUGAAUAAGUAAUUCUGUGAUUCAACAUUGCCACCUGUCAUGGAAAAUAAACUGGAAAAAACAAAAAUAGUGAAGCCUGUGCGUGUAGUAGUACCUGCAUCAAAAUGACUAUAUGAAACUGAAUGGAAAAGCUAUGUUAAAAGAUUACUACUGUAGCUGGAGAUGUCAAGAUUCCUUGUUGGUAUCAUACCAUCUCCUGAAGAAAAUGUGGGUCUGGGAACAUAAUUUUUUAAGGGUCUGUUCUGCAUGCCUCAUAUUAUGAAUAAGGCUUAAGACCGAUAUA